CACUUUUCUUCCCUUAAAAACCGUUGGGUUAUCGAAGUCAUUCUUUUUUCCAUCUCGUACUGUGAGUCUACAUGAAAUCACUAUUUAGCAGACGAUAACAAAACGACCAAGGAUUAGGCAAAGGAGAAAGAGAAGGGGGAGAGAUAGAAAGGAUAAGUGGAUUUUUAUCUACCUUCGGCAGGAGGGUCCGUAAAACAGUAGACAUAGAGAUGUCCAAUCCGGACUUGUACAUUACAGAAUCUUGUGUUCCGGUCCUAUGGAACUGCUCUGCAGGGACGCAACUCAUUGAUCCAUGCUCCUGCUUCCAGUACUAUGAAUGUAGAGGUCACGGAAAUGGCGUCGUUGAGCGGAAGUGCGCGCCCGGAACUGCGUACAAUCAUGACAGCAAGAACUGUGUGAAGGAAUUAGAUGUCUUGAGAACGCAAUGUCCGAGAAACGAACCCUGGGAUAGAUGUGGACUAAACGGUACUCAGACAGAUAUUCUUAAGCAAAGAUGUAAAAAUGAUACGAGCAUCAUAACCACAACGACAUCAAAUCCAGUGACGAAGCCUGGGACUUCCGGGUCAGAUGGAAACGAGGUCGGGAUCAUUUUGGGCGGACUAUUUGGCGGACUGUUCGUUGUAGUUGUAGCCAUUUUAAUUGCUUUAUUGUUUCAUCGCCACCGAGCAAAAACGAAAUCAAAAUUGACAAAAAAGCGAUCCGUUCAGAAUCCAGAAUAUAAUUUCCAGCCUGAACCAUCUUUUGAACCACCCCAGGAGGAGGAAGAAACAUACCACGUGAUCGAUGAUAAUAUGAACGAUCCGACGUAUAAUAGUGACUCAGUUACUGUAAAGCCACCGUCCUUACCAAAUCGAGGCUCUACUGGAGACACCAUUGGCGGAUCAGACAAAAUGGGGAAUGUGAACAAUAAUUUUCAGUUGCAUAAUAGUGACACGUUAACCUCACAGCGUGAACCAAUCAACUUUCAUUCUGGAACUGGUAACAUGUUUAGAAAUGGCAAAGCUGCCGCUGUGUCUGACGAACCUGAAACUUCGAAUUAUAUAACAAUCUUUCCACAUGAAAAACCGGAUGAAAACGAGACUACAUCGGAAGUGUUCGAAGAAGAAACGCCAUACGAUAAUACACUUGUAAGCAGAUCGGACACGACUGGGAAAGAUACCAAGUUUUAGUGAUAAUUUUGUGAUCUAUGCAAUUAUUUUUCAUUUAGACUGAUAUUAUAUGUGUUUGAUAUUAUCUUUCCUAGGAAUGUGUACUGCAGAGAGAGAGAGAGAGAGAGAGAGAGAGAGAAGGUACAAAUUGACAAUAUCCUUUUUUGGUGCAAAUACAUGCGUCUUGUCAUGCAAUUAUCAUAAUAAAAAAUGUUUUAUUUUUACUAUGAUAA